AUUGACCGCAAGAUCCGCGCGCUUCUCAACAAGCUGACGCUCGACAACUUUGACGACGUGUCUGACGAUCUGCUCAAGUGGGGCAACAAGUCAGCCGCCGAGACCGACGGCCGCAUUCUGCGGCAUCUCAUCAUGCUUGUGUUCCAGAAGGCCACCGAUGAGCCAACCUGGGCCAGCAUGUACGCACGCCUGUGCCACAAGCUGAUGACGCAGACCAACCCCGACGUCGAGGACCACAGCCUGAUGACCAAGGAGGGCAAGUUCCUCAGCGGCGGCUACCUGGUGCGCAAGUACCUGCUGACCAAGUGUCAGGAGGACUUUGAGCGCGGCUGGAAGGUCGACAUGCCCGAGGAUCUCGAGUCCGAGGAGUACUACGAGGCGGCCAAGAUCAAGCGCCGCGGUCUGGGUCUGGUCAAGUUCAUUGGCGAGCUGUUCCUGCUCGAUAUGCUCACUGAGCGCAUCAUGCACGAGUGCGUCAAGCGCCUGCUGUCCAAUGUCGAGACGCCCGAGGAGGAGGAGACCGAGUCGCUGGCCAAGCUCAUCACCACCGUUGGUAAAAAGCUGGACCGCGACCAGGCCAAGAGCUACAUGGACGCGUACUUCCAGCGUAUCGACACCAUGGCCAAGAACAAGAAGCUCAACUCGCGUAUCCGUUUUAUGCUGCGCGACGUCAUGGACCUGCGCGCCGCCAAGUGGGUCAACCGGACCAAGGCCGACGGCCCCAAGACCAUCGCC